AUGGUGGUGGAGUCAACUGGUGAUAAUUGGUGGUUGACUCUAAAGGGGGAAAUGUUGGUGUUGGAGAGUGAAGGUGAUAAUGGAGGUGGAACUGUGGUGAGACAAAGUUACAAUGGAGUCACGUUGAGGGCACAAUGCGAGACGGUGAUAGAGGAUUAUCAGGAUAUUGGUGAAGAGGAAUGUGUGUUAAGGAGGUUAUAUGGUGGUAAGUCAGGAGAUGAUAUUGGUGGUAAGUCAGGAGAUGAUAUUGGUGGCGACUCUAAAGGUGGGAACUGUGGUGAGACCAAAGGUGACAAUGGAGGUAACGUUGAGGGCGACAAUAGUGGUGGCGAGAUCGGUGAUAAUGAUGAUGGUAAAUCAGGAGGUGAUAAUGGUGGUGACAUAAGAGGUGACAAUGGUGGUGACUCUAAAGGGGGAAAUGUUGGUGUUGAGAGUGAAGGUGAUAAUGGAGGUAAGGCUGAGGGUGACAAAAAAGGUGGUGAGAUAGGAGGUAAGGAUGGUGAUGAGUCAAGAGGUGAUAAUGAUGGUGACUCUAGUGGUGCCAACAAUGGUGGUGAUAUUGGCGGUGACACAAAAGGUGGAAACACUGGUGUUGAGACCGGAGACGACACUGGAGGUAACAUUGAAGGUGACAAUAAUGGUGGUGAGAUAGGAGGUAAUGAUGGUGGGGAGUUAGGAGGUGUUAAUGUUGGUGACUCUAGAGGUGGAAACAAUGGUGAUAACAUAGGAGGUGAUAAUGGUGGUAAGUCAGGAGAUGAUAUUGGUGGUAAGUCAGGAGAUGAUAUUGGUGGCGACUCUAAAGGUGGGAACUGUGGUGAGACCAAAGGUGACAAUGGAGGUAACGUUGAGGGUGACAACAGUGGUGGCGAGAUCGGUGAUAAUGAUGGUGGUAAAUCAGGAGGUGAUAAUGGUGGUGAUUUUAGAGGUGACAUUAAUGGUGGUGAUUCUAGAGGUGACAAUAAUGGUGGUGAUUCUAGAGGUGAUAAUAAUGGUGGUGUGAUAGGAGAUGAUAAUGGUGGUAAGUUAGGAGAUGAUAAUGGAGGUGACAACAUUGAUGGUGAGACCAAAGGUGACAAUUGUGGUAAGAUUGAAGGUGGCAACAAUGGUGGUGAGACAGGAGGUAAAAAUGGUGAUAAGUCAGGAGAUGGUAAUGGUUGUGACUCUGUAGGUGACAAUAACGGUGGUGACAAAGAAGGUGAUGAUGAUGGUGAAUCUAGCGGUGGCAACAAUGGUGGUGACUCUAGCGGUGACAACAUUGGUGGUAACACAGGAGGUGAUAAUGGUGGUGACUUUAGCGGUGGCAACAAUGGUGGUGACACGAGAGGUGAUAAUGGUUGUGAGUCAGUAGGCGAUAUCAACGGUGACUCUAGAGGCGAAAACACUGGUGUUGAGGCUAGAGGUGACAAUGGAGGUAACAUUGAAGGUGGCAAUAAUGGUGGUGACUCUAGUGGUGGCAAUAAUGGUGGUGAAAUAGGAGGUAACGAUGGUUGUAAGUCAGGAGGUGAUAAUGAUGGUGACUCUAAAGGUGGCAACGAUGGUGAUAGUAGUGGUGGUGAGGUAGGAGGCAACGAUGGUGAUAAUUCUGGAGGUGAUAAGGGAGAUGACUCUAGAGGUGGUAAUAACGGUGGUGGGAUAGGAGGUGAUAAGGGUGGUGAGUUGGGAGGUGAUAGUGGCGUUAACUCUAAAGGUGGAAAUGUUGGUUGUGAGAUCGGUGGUGAUAAUGGAGGUAGGGUAGAGGGUGGAAAUAGUGAAGGUGAGAUAGGAGGUAACGAUGGUAAUGAUUCAGGAGGUGAUAAUGAUGGUGAUUCUAGAGGUGGCAUUAAAGGUGGUGAGAUAAAAGGUGAUAAUGGCUGUGAUUCGGAAGGUGAUAAUGUGGGUGACUCUAGGGGUGACAACAUUGGUGGUAAGGCUAAAGGUGACAAUGGAGGUAGCGUUGAUGGUGGCAAGAGUGUUGGUGAGAUAGAAGGUAAGGAUGGUGGUGAGUUAGGAGGUAAUAAUGGUGGUGACUCUAAAGGUGGUGGUGGUGACACUAAAGGUGGUGGUGGUGAGAUAGAAGGUGACAAUGUUGGUAAGUCGGGAGGUGAUGAUUGUGGAGAGUCUAGAGGUGACAACAUUGAUGGUGAGACCGAAGGUGACAAUGGAGGUAAUGUUGAGGGUGACAAUGGUGGUAAUGAGAGAGGAGGUAAUGAUGAGGAUGAGUUAGAAGGUGAUAAUGAUGGUGAUCCUACAGGUGUCAACAAAGGUGGUGAGAUUGGAGGUGAUAAUUGA